CUGAACUCGGAUUCAGAAUAUUCAAACUCGCGCAUGUCAUGUCAAACAAGAUAGUGAAGCUUUCAGUUGAUGAGCAGGGACGCCAAGCCACGAAAGCUGCUGAUGCUUGCUCGCAGUCACUUUCCUGUCACAGACCACUCACUCACAGUGCUUCGGACAGAACGGUCGCUCCUCAAUUUGGAUUAGCUCUUUGGAAAUAUUAUUUCUACAAGGUUUAAGACUUUUAAUUUACAUCAACACUUGCAUCCGACUGAUACAAAUUUUGGAUUGUGUGGUCCGAGGCGAAGAAAGAAGUAUGGCAUCUCGGGAAGCAGGCGGAGGAAGAGGAGGUCGAGCCUGUCCCUCUGGACGUCACGGAGUGACAUUUAAAGACGACCGAACGACUGCAGAAUCCCUCCAUUAGGUGAAUAUCAACCGGCUUCAUCGUCAGCAACGGCAGCAGGAAGUUCAGCCUCCUGUCGCAAACUUUUUCAAUUUUACGGCAAAGCCCAUGCCAGUCAUCCCCCAGCUUCCUCAACGUUGGAGCAAAUCGAGUGCGGCUGCUGCUCUUUUCAAGAACGACAAUCUGCACACAACAAAGUCAGCCUACAGUGACGACAAUACCGACUAUGCCGACUACUAUCAGCAGUUGAACGAAGCAAAUCUGGCUAGCCUUAAGUUGCACCCUAAACCGCGAAAGAAUGAGCAAGGAAAGCCGUCUGUAAUUGGCACAAUUCCUGCAAACAAUAGAAUUCAAGGCAUUGAUGACUCUAAAGAAGAUGACGUCUUCCGGAAGUUCAAGAUGGAUGAGAAAUAUGUGGGCACUGCAGGAUUGGUCAUCAACCAGUAUGAAGAUAAGAUUAUAUCAAUGCUGGAGUCGAACCAAGUUCUGAUCGUCGAAGGGUUUACGGGAUGUGGGAAGACGACCCAAGUUCCACAGUUUAUUCUCAAUCACGCAUCCAAAACAAAACGUCACACAAGAAUUGUAGUUACGCAGCCGAGAAGAAUUGCUGCAAUUUCUGUUGCUAAUCGAGUGUGUGAAGAAAGGGGAUGGACACUCGGAUCUCUUGUUGGUUAUCAAGUUGGGAUGGAUUGUAAACUCACUGAUGAUACCCGAAUAUCUUACAUGACCACGGGUGUCCUCUUGAAACUGUUGAUUAACAAAAAGAGGCUAACGGACUACACCCACAUUAUUAUUGACGAGGUGCACGAGCGAGACUUGGAUACCGACUUGUUGCUCCUCGUGAUCAAGCAGAUCAUCAUUGAUAGACGAGAUUCCAACACCAAGAUCAUCUUAAUGUCUGCCACGUUGGAUACUGAAAAGUUUUUCAAGUAUUAUCCAGUCUUCGGAGCAGGAGAUCGACAAAAAGGCACUUCAGUGGUAUCAGUAGACCAACCGUCUGCGUUUGCGGUAAAAGAAUUGUAUUUGGAUCAACUGGCAAUACGACAUGGUUUUGAAGGACUUGAAGUUGAUGGUACAAAGGAGCCCAAGGUUCAUGCAGAAUGCUACGAACUCGCCUGCAGCAUUAUCAAUGGUUUAGAUUAUCAUGAAUAUGAAGAAGAUUGCAAACUCAGAAAAACUCCACCUAGUGUCAUGACGGAAGCAGAAAAAGGAACUUUUACAAUGUCCGAGUUUUAUACAAAAAUUGAUUGUAAUGCACCCUCAAGGGGCGCAGUGUUGGUAUUUUUGCCUGGAUAUGUAGAAAUUGACACGAUGUACAAACAGCUCCACGAGUUAAGUGCUGUGAAAGCCGGCAAUUGCAACAAGCCAGAUGUCACCAAAUGGAUAAUUUACCCACUUUAUUCAUCAAUCACUGCUGAAGAACAGUGCCGAGUAUUUAAGACCGCUCCAUCACGUUUCAGAAAGAUUAUUUUGACCACAAACAUUGCCGAGAGUUCCAUCACUAUCCCUGAUAUCAAAUAUGUGAUUGAUUUUUGUUUAACAAAAUCACUGUCUUGUGACCCUGUCACAAAUUUCUCCUGUUUACGAUUGGAAUGGGCAUCAAAAAAUCAGUGCAUUCAACGUCGUGGAAGAUGUGGUCGAGUUGCACCAGGAAUUUGUUACCGUUUAAUUUCGUACCCAUUUUAUAGAGAUUUAAUGCCUCAAGAAGCCCUUCCCGAAAUGGAGAGGGCAAGCUUGGAAACCGUAAUUCUGAAUGUCAAGCAGUUAGAAAUGGGUUGCCCUUUGGAGGUCUUGUCCUAUGCAAUCGAUCCACCAAAACAAUCUGGAAUAGGCAGAGCAGUUUCCAAUCUGAAAGAGGUGGGAGCACUGACACUCAAUGCUAAUGGCAAAUAUGAUGCAUAUGACGGAGACAUGACUUACAUGGGCUCCGUGAUGGCUCUACUCCCCAUUGACUUUCGUCUUGGAAGGUUGAUUGUACUUGGGCACGUCUUGGGAUGCCUCGAUGAUGCCAUAAUAAUCGCGGCCGGGUUACAUACAAAAAGCCCCUUUAGUCAUCCUUACACAAAAAAGCUGGAGUCAUGGCUAUCUAAAUUUGACUGGUCUAAUGGGACUUACUCUGAUUGUCUCUCUCUGAUGAGCGCCUUUCACGAUUGGUCUGCAAAUCAUCGAGACGGCAAGUUCCGUGGCGAUCAUGAGGAAAGAAAUUGGUCACGUACAUACUUCCUUCAGUUAACUGUUCUUCGCAAUAUUGGAAGAACUGUGGAGGAAAUAAAGAAAAGACUUGAAAACGUUGGGAUCAUAUCGGAUUCUCGCACCCUUCCAACUCUUGAGCGAGGGUUUAUUCUGAAGUUGCUGAUUGCUGGAGCAUUUUACCCAAAUUACUUUUUACGACCCCGUCCGGUCGCGAAAGAGUAUCAGCGCGAUAUCGUUAGAGAUGUAGCUGGAUACAGUCCUUUCAACUCUGUCACUCUCUUGGGAUUCCCAAUUGACCAACCUGGCAAAUUAUAUGCGAAACAUAUUGCGGACAAGAUGACUCAUACCAACUGCAUUCCUCAGAUUAACUUCAAAUCAUCUAAAGUCAUUGUCACCUUUGACCCACGAGGCGAUAAACAUGGUUCAAUAAGCUCUGGAGUUUACAGAGCUAUCAAAAUCCGCAUGUUAAGGGAUCUAGUUGUCUUUCGUACUCUACCGCGAGAAGAUUCAAAAAGAGCUGUGGACAAGGCUGCCUCCAAUGCAGCAGAUCAAUAUAUUCAAGAGACGCCCAAAUUUGGUGGUCUGCCCAGUAUGAAAGAAAAUCAAUUUAUGUGCAUGAUUUGCCAUAUCAAGACUGAAUCUCCUAAUGAAUUUUAUGUAACACGAAAAAGUGAUGAAGCUUGUCUCGCCCAAGUGAACGAGAUCUUGAAUGGCGAUGCGUGUGGAUAUGCUUCGCAAUUAAAAGUUCUCUCCCCCUCUGAUCGCCAGCCUGGAGCUGUUUGCAUUAUCAUGAAAAAGAAGCGAUAUAUUCGCGGCCGAAUUGAAGCGUUAGCCAGUGACCAAGCACUGGUAUAUGGGAUUGACGUUGGAAUAACUACAUGGAGGAAUUUCCAGUUCCUGUUUAAAGUAACGGAUGAAAUGGUUAAUCGAGGCUUGCUCAAAAUUCCAGCGUUGGCUAUUCAUUGUCGCUUGAGUGAGCUGAGGCCGUCUUGCAGACAUGGUCACGAUUGGGUGCAACCGGCAUUUGCUGAUUUUUCGGAUUUUGUGGAAAAAUCCGGAAAUAAUUUUGAAUUUACAGUGUACUCGGUGGUUGAUGGAGUUGUAAUUGGGGAACUUUACAAUCCUAAGCUUGAUGACACCAUCAACAAUUUGUUUUUAAGAAAAACAUACUUGGAAAAAACAUCUGAAUGUCAAGAUUCUAAGGAGAAUGCUCAAUACCGUCAGUUGUGUCACUCUCUAAGAUAUGAUGAAGAAAUGAUUGAUUCAAUCGAUAAGAAGCAGAACUGCUCAUGGGAGCCGACGCGUUACGUCUUUCCACCAAAGUUGAAUGCCGAGACAGGAAACGAAGUUAGUUUAAGGGGUCCCACGUCUCCUUUAGAAAUGCACUUCACGUCACUCUGUCGUAGCGCACAUAUGAAAGCUGUUCAAGUGGAAGGAAGUAGUGUUAACUGUGUAGCUCUGGACACUGAUCCAUUUAAUCCUAGCUCUCGUGUCAUGAUUGCAGCCAGUGUGGGAAUAGCCCAUCGCUCUGGAAAUAUUCUCGCAAGAGAGACGACAAUCAUGCCACCAGUUCCUGGUCUCCUUUCUUUAUUGACGAUGCUAUUCGCCCCCAAGAUUGAAUUCCGCUUGGAUCCAGACCAGACUCGCUACACGGGAUGUGUUAGUGGUCUCGGAACCGAUCCAUUGGAGACAAACUCUGUGUAUCCUGAUCAUGACAUGGAAGUCAUUUUUGACGUGAAUAUCGACAAUGAAGACUUGGAUCGGAUCAAUUCAAUUCGAACAAUGUGCAACACGAUUCUUCGUCAGUACUCUGGGAAGCAUCAAAAUCUCGAAUCUCUCCAGGAAAAAAUUCGAUCCGAACUGACGUUGUUAUUACAACGUGAGCGAGAACCAAUUGAAGAAACUUGGCCACAUUUAAGUCAUGUUUGGAACCGCCUUCCGUACAACGCGGAAUUGUAUAACCCCCCUGUAGAGUACUCUGACAUGGUCAAUGACGUCUUUUCUCUCCAUGUCGGCGUCUGUUUAAAAUCUCUUGGGGAUUGAGAACCAACUCCAGCUCGGAACAUUUUCAAAGCCUCUGCAGUGCAUCCGUUUUUUUAAGGAAAAUCUUAAAUUAUGAAAUUAUACUCCUUUCGUCCAAAAAUUUGUUAUUUGUUAUCAUAUAUCAUCAGUUUGUUGUUUUUCCAGUUAGUUUUAUUUUCCUGAACUCAAUAUAUAUGUGUAGAACUAAAUUUACUUUCUACACAACAACUCAAUAGGUGAUAGGAUUCUACUUCUAUGACAAGUACUGAUUAAUUAUAUAGCAUAAACUUGUUUGCCAAAAACUGAAUCCUGUGAUUAUCAUCAUUUUAAUUAAUUACUGAUUUGUUCAGAAUUUACCUCAUCAGCUAUGUAGCAGUGUGGUAAUAACUAUUAUUGUAAAUUACAAUUUGUAAUACCUCUAAAAAAUGUAUAAGAAUAUGAAAUAGCAUUUUUUACUGUACAACAAUUAACAAUUGUAACCAGUACAUAUGCUCCUAUCAGAAUUACCGCAAUUCUAUUAGAGACUGACAAUCAAUAUUUACUAGUGUGCUACAAUUUUGGCAAAUGUUAGCCGAAAUUUAAUAUUUUGAAGUCAAUUUAUUGUAUUUAACACAUUACAACUUUAGAAAAUUACAUACUUUGAUAUCAGAAAAAAA